GUAAAUAUCACGUGAACCCACGAAUCAGCUGACCUCCCCUGUAAACGUCUGCACUCGUCACGACUGCGGGGAUUAACUCAUUCAUUAUUCUCUGCGCGUUUUAGGGCCCCAGCUAGCAAGCAGCAGCGACCAUGGCGCUCAGUGAUGCCGACGUUCAGAAGCAGAUCAAGCACAUGAUGGCCUUCAUUGAGCAGGAAGCCAACGAGAAGGCAGAGGAGAUUGACGCCAAGGCAGAGGAGGAGUUCAACAUCGAGAAGGGCCGCCUGGUGCAAACGCAGCGUCUGAAGAUAAUGGAGUACUACGAGAAGAAAGAGAAGCAGAUCGAGCAGCAGAAGAAAAUCCAAAUGUCCAACCUGAUGAACCAGGCGCGUCUGAAGGUUCUGAAGGCCCGUGACGAUAUGAUCUCGGACAUGCUGAACGAGGCUCGCCAGCGGCUCGCUAACGUGGCACGAGACCCUUCCAAGUAUUCCACUCUCAUCGAUGGCUUGAUUCUGCAGGGUUUGUAUCAGCUGCUGGAGACCAAAGUGAGCAUUCGAUGUCGCAAACAAGACGUGCAGCUGGUGCAGGCAUCCAUCCAGAGGAAUAUUCCCAUCUACAAAGCGGCGGUAAAGAACACCCUGGAGGUCCGCAUCGACCAGGACAACUUCCUGCCUCCCGACAUCUCCGGAGGUAUCGAGCUGUACAACGGAGACGGCAAGAUCAAAGUGUCCAACACCUUGGAGAGCAGACUGGACCUCAUGGCUCAGCAGAUGAUGCCUGACAUCCGAGUGGCUCUUUUCGGCGCCAACCCAAACCGCAAGUUCAUGGACUGAGAAACUCCUCUCCCCCGCCCUUUCGUGAAAGGCAAAAAAAAAAAAUGGGGCGUUGUCGUGGUUAUUAUUGUGUGACGUGCUGCUGUAUUUUUUUUGUGCAUGAAGGGACGGACGCUAGCGCCGCCACCGCCGCCACUCAUCAAUAGUCAUAAUCAUCCCUGCUAACGGAACACAGCGAUGAUUCUUGUUUAGUUUACAGUGAUCGGUCCGUGCCGUGGGAUGGGGGGUACCUGCUGGAUUUUUGCUAAGAGGGCAGGGCUUCAGUACGUAUCCUCAAAACAAACAGUUAAUUUAUUAGAGAGUGGCAGAUAUCAUUCGUAUGUACUGUAUAUGAGCUUUCCUGACUAAAUUAUGUACUGUAUGUGUUUGGUUUUUGUCCAUUUCUAUUGUUGUCUCAAACAUGGUGUAAAUGUACAACAU